AUGGCGCCAACCUCACUCAAGGCUGGCCUCCUCCUCCUCGCUCAGCUACAGCUGACCUGGGCCAUGAUACUGGGCCCCCGUCGGCCGACCUCCGCGAGCGGACCGACCACGGCAUCAUUGGCUUCAGGCAUGCCGCAACAGACGGGUACCUCCACCCAAUGUAACAACUUCUACUUGGUUGAACCUGACGAACAAUGUGAUAUCAUCGAGGCCCGGUUCGGUCUCAGCCGUGACCAAUUUAUUACCUUGAACCCAACGGUCGACAAAGCCUGUACAACCCUGAUAGCCGGUUACCUCUACUGUGUGGGCUCCCCCGGAUUCGACAAGUUUUCCACCAGCAGCAUCCCCACGUCGGCCCAAGCUACUCCCACCAGCGGCAUCACCACCUCCACCACACCGGCCCAAGCUACUCCCACCAGCAGCAUGCCCUCGUCGGCCCAAACUACUCCCACCACGUCGGCCCAAGCUGCUCCCACCAAUAGCGUCGCCCCUUCCGCCAUCAGUGUCAACACGCCCCAGCCUAUCCAGACCGGAAUGGUCACCGGUUGCAACAAAUACCACUUUGUCGAGUCCGGCAACUCCUGCUUCGACAUCGCCAAGGAAAACAACGUCCCCCUCGCUACCUUCUACUCAUGGAAUCCAGCCGUCGGCCCCUCCUGCGCGACCCUCAACGUAGGCUACUACGUCUGCGUCGACGCCGCCGGCUCUACGCCACCGGCUGCAGCACCCACGGGGACAACGGCGAGCUCGGCGGGCAACGGCAUGCCCACGCCAACACCCUUCCAGCCGGGGAUGGUGCCUGACUGCAAGAAAUUCUACCUCGUCAAAUCGGGCGACACGUGCGCGUUCAUUGCUGAGGAUCAAGGCACGACAGUUGACGACAUUAAGAAGUGGAACCCACAGGUGGGAUCCGGCUGCACGGCUCUGUGGUUAAACAACAACAUUUGCGUUGGCGUGUAA